AUGGGCUCUCUCGGCUCAACUCGCAGUCAACGUGAAGUGGUGGUGAUCGGAGCAGGUUUUUCUGGAAUUUACGAGUUGCAUAGGUUGAAGGAUGCUGGGUUCGAUGUUCAUCUCUAUGAAGCGGGCUCAUCUACAGGUGGGAUCUGGCAUUGGAAUUGUUACCCAGGGGCAAGAGUCGAUACUCCAGUUCCGACCUACCAAUUGACUGAGGAUGAGACGUGGAUCGACUGGAACUGGUCACAAAGGUUUCCUGACUACUCAGAGUUGCGCCUCUAUUUCCAGCAUUUAGUGAAAAUUUGGGGGUUGCAUGAUCUUAUGACGUUUAACACCCGCGUUCAAAAGAUGACCUGGGAUGAUCGUGUGCAUAUGUGGAAUCUGGAAAUGACAAACUCAAGCGGCCAGAAUGAGGAUAUCGCUGCUCGACAUGUUGUCUUAUGUACUGGCUUCGGCUCCAAGCCCUAUAUCCCUGCGAUUCCUGGCAUUGAGACUUUCAAGGGAGAACUCUAUCAUACAGGACUCUGGCCCCAGACCGGGGUUGAGAUGAAAGGAAAACGAGUUGCUAUCAUCGGUACAGGAGCCAGUGGUGUACAGCUGAUACAGGAAACCGCAAAAGUCGCCAAACAUCUUACGGUUUUUCAACGAACCCCAAAUACAGCCCUGCCUAUGGAGAAUCCACAAUACGAUAAGAAUGCCAAUGACAUAUGGAAAAGCACGUUUGCCGAGACCAGGCAAUUAAUGCUGAAAACAUUUGCAGGGUUUGACUACGGGUUCUCACCGGAAUCAGCGCUUAAGGUUUCGCCCGAAGCCAGGAAAAUCUUCUACAACAAACUGCUUCGAACGGGAGGGUUACACUUUUGGCUUGGCACGUAUCAAGAUGUCCUCUAUGAUGAAGAGGCUAACGCCGAAGCUUACGAAUACUGGCGGCAGAGCGUUAUACCUCGAAUUCAUGAUCCUCGAAACCAGGAAAUACUUGCACCAACAGUUGCGCCUCAUCCCUUUGGAACUAAGAGGAUAAGUCUGGAGAAGCACUACUUCGAAGUCUUCAACCAAGAGAACGUUGAUCUCGUGAGCUUAUUGGAUAACCCUAUUCUUGAAAUCACAGAGAGAGGCAUCAAGACAGCCGAUGGAGCUGUUCACGAAGUCGAUAUUCUCGUUACGGCAACUGGAUUUGAUAGUAUCACGGGAGGAAUUACGAACAUCGAUAUCCACGGAGUAGAUCCAGACAUCUCGAUUAAGGAGAAAUGGAGCAAAGGCACCUAUACAUUCCUUGGAAUGACAACAGCAGGGUUUCCCAAUCUAUUUUGGAUGUAUGGACCUCAGGCGCCAACUGCCUUUGCUACAGGUCCAUCCUCUGCCGAGUGUCAAGGGACUUGGAUAACGACCUGCCUCACACGCCUUCGAGAACAAGGCCUCACUAAAAUAGAUGCAACGCGACAAGCUGAACAGGCUUGGAGAGACCAUACCCUUGAAAUGGGCGAGAAGGGUCUAUUCACACGAGCCCGGAGCUGGUACUAUGGAGACAAUAUUCCCGGUAAGCCACGAGAGGCUUUGAAUUACAUGGCUGGCCUUCCAAUGUAUAGAAAGAAGCUCUGGGAGUCCGCAGACAAUGGGUAUGAGGGCUUUGAAUUGACUGCAUGA